AUGACUUCUAUAGUGAGCCCAAUGCGGCAAAAACUCCUUCAUAUCCAUCUCCCAGGCCUCGUCCCCUACGCCACAGCCGCCCGCCUGCAAGAAACACUCGUCUCCCGUUUCCUCGCCGCAAAGCCGCCCUCCACCACACCCUUGCCCCCUCCACACAUCAUAACCGCCUCCUUUCACCCCGUAUACACCUGCGGCCGCCGCGAAAUCGGCAGCGUCUCCCCAGCCCAACAGGCCCAUCUGCGUGCAGACGGCCGCGCCGACUUCGUCGAAGCCCUACGAGGCGGGCAAACCACAUUCCACGGACCCGGCCAACUCGUCGCAUACCCAAUUCUCGACUUGCGCUCGCACAAGCUCACGCCCAGGCAUUAUGUCUGUCUGCUAGAAAAGAGUGUGAUAGCUACGUGUGCGCAGUUUGGUGUCAAGGCUAUGACGACGGAGCAUACGGGUGUGUGGACGAGUCCUGAUGAUAAGAUCGCGGCCAUUGGCGUGCAUAUGCGGCGGAAUGUGACGAGUCAUGGGGUUGGGCUGAAUGUUGAUACGGAUUUGUGGUGGUUUGAUCGCAUUGUGGCGUGUGGAUUGGAGGGGAAGAGGACGACGAGUUUGCAGCGUGAGGGGUGCGAGGGGUUGAGUGUUGAGGGUGUUGGGAAGGUUUUUGUGGAUGAGGUUGCGGAGAGACUUGUGGGUGUGGAUGGGGUGGAGCGGUUAGGGGAGCAAGAGGUGGAGAAGAUGUUGAGGAUGUGA